AUGCGUCGCGCCCUCUUGACUCUUCCCUUCGCCCUCCUCCUGCUCCUCUUCCUCGAUCAACCAUCGCACUACUUCCCACUACCUGCCACCACAACCACAUCGUCCACGACCGGCAGCAGCAGCGACGGUGGUCUCUCCUCUUUCUUCCGCCCUGCCCGCCCCAUCUCGGGACACGCGCACCUCCACUCCCCCACGGUGCAAUCCUUCUGGCGGCUCCUCCGCGACGAGCUAUUCCGGCUCACGCCCGCUGUGGACCCGAUCCACCAGCCCGACGAUGGCAAAGUAACCGGGGAGGACCAAGCCCCCGAGAACCUCGACAACCACCCGCGCCCGAGUCUCAUCUACCUCGACGAGAUCACCAAGACCACCCUGCGCACCUCGCACGAUGCCAUGCUUAAAUUUGCCCGGGGCCAGGCUUCCUCCGAACUGCCGUUUCAGGUGCGCACCAGGGGCAUCGUCACUACGGCUGGCGGGAGCUACUUCGGUAUGGUGGUUGUUUCGCUGCGCAUGCUGAGGAGCACGGGGUCCAAACUCCCCGUGACGGUGUUCCUCGAUACGCACAAAGACUACGACCCGCUUGUCUGCGGGGAGGUUCUGCCUGAUUUAAACGCUGAGUGCGUUGUUCUCUCGGACCUGCUGGACACGGCGCCCCCUUCGACGCCGCUGCUGCGGUACCAGUACAAGGUGUUCGCGAUCCUGUUUUCGCCGUUCCAGGAGGUGUUGUUCCUAGACGCGGAUGCGUUUCCCGCGCAUAAUCCCGAUCAGCUGUUCGAUACGCAGCCGUAUAAGUCGACGGGGCUGGUGACGUGGCCGGAUUUCUGGGUCAGUACCGCAAGCCCGCUGAUAUUCGACAUCACGCGGGUCAAGGCGCCACCGCUGGCAGCUAGGAAGAGUUCGGAAGCGGGUAUUCUGCUAUAUGACAAGGCGCGGCAUGCGACGGACUUGUUGAUGGCGCUGUACUAUAACUUCUUCGGGCCGGACUUGUACUAUCCGCUGCUGGCCCAGGGCGCGGCGGGCGAGGGGGACAAGGAUACCUUUUUGCAUGCGGCCACGGUGAUCGGGGCCGAAUGGUACGAUGUCAAGAGUCCCGUCACCGUCAUGGGACGAUGGCUCAACGACACGUGGCAUUCCUUUGGGAUGAAGCAGGCGGACCCCGCGGAGGAGUGGAAUAUUAACGAGACUUCGAAGCUGGAUCCUGGGAAAACGCUGAACGACCUGCAUCAGAGCACGCUGAAAACAGCAAGGCCGUUCUUCAUCCACAACAAUAUUGUGAAGUUCGACAUUGAGCGCAUACUAGAGCCAGGCAGCGCUUUGUUUGAUAUUAACGAGGCAGGCCAUUUGCAAAGGGUUUGGGGUCCACAACAGGAUGUGAUUCAAGAUUUCGGGUACGAUGUCGAGCAGGUACUCUGGACAGAGUUGAUCGUUACUGCGUGUCAACUCAUGACGAUGAGGGACUGUCGGAGGAUGAAGGACCUUGCCGCAGGCGUACUUGCUGUGCCGUAA